AUGGAAUUUAGUAAGGUCUGUGAAAUUGUUGAAUAUUCUUUAAAAAGGUCUUUUCAUGAAGUUUUUUUAAACUUUGAAGAAACGCCGCUCGGGGCCGCCAGCAUUGGUCAAGUGCAUAAGGCCACGCUUCUUGAUGGGAGCUCAGUGGCUGUUAAAGUUCAGUACCCGAAUGUUGAGGAAUUGUUCAGAGUAGACAUGAAGACGAUUCGUCAGUUUUGCUGGCUUGCUCAACCAGAACAACUCCCGCUUUUGGAUGAAAUUGAGCGACAGUUUUUAACUGAAUUUGAUUAUUCUAAAGAAGCUGAACAUUUAGAAAAAGUACGCGAAAAUAUGAAGCAGUUUGAGCAAGUUGUUGUUCCUAAACCGUAUCGUGAAUUUUGCACUAAAGAAGUCCUCGUUAUGGAGUUUCUUUCCGGCAUCAAACUUAUAACUGGAAUAAAAAAACAAUUUGAACAUUUUGUAGAGAAAACUGGAAAAUCCCUCGAAGAAAUUGAAUAUGAAUUUAAGAAGGCCUUGUGCAAUCGCAAGGAUUUGACCCCAAAAUUAACUGCCUUUCGAAUGGAAAUUUAUCGCCAAUUUUUAUAUUUUAAGUGGUUUUUGAAAAACACCUUGAUUGGCCUGUAUAAUUAUACGUUUGGAUUUUUAUGCGGAAACCGCAAAAGCUAUGUGGAAUUAUUUAUUCCUAUUAACCACGUUAAAGUCAUUGAAACUUUACUGAAAGUCCACGCGAAAGCAGUGUUGGAAGACGGUUACUUCAACGGAGAUCCUCAUCCAGGAAACAUUUUACUAUUAGACGAUGGUCGGCUGGGAUUGAUUGACUUUGGUCAAGUGAAACAGUUUACCGAUAGUCAACGCGUGACUUUUUCUAAACUGAUAGUUGCUCUUUCUGAAAAAAAUUCGGAAUGUAUCAUUCGACUGAUGAGAGAGAUGGGACACCGAACUCAAAAAAAUGAUGCGUAUGUUACUGAAAAGACCGCUAUUAUAUAUUACGAUAGAGACGAUCCAGAAAUUCUAGAGGGAAAAAGCAUUUUGGAGUUUUUUGAAUUUUUGUCUAAAAAGGACAAGACAAUUAGCGCGCCCAAUGACUAUAUGAUGGCUGGCCGUGUAGCGCUUUUUAUAAGGGCGCCCGCUUUGGCUUUUGGUUACCCAGUGAGUAUCGCCGAGUCUUGGAAAUCUGUGGCCGAAAAAGUUCUUAAAGAUAAUGACGUAUGCUUUUGCUUUUUAAACAAGAAUAUUGCUUGCAACUGUUAAGACUUUAUAUUUUGAGUUGUUUAAAACAAUCUUCAAACUUUUGAGUUGCGUAAGAACUGCGAA